AUGUCUGGAUCAGGAUACGACGCCGUGGUGGACGUGGACGACGAGGGCGACCUCGGUCACACUGAUCUCCAAGAGGAUCUCGAAUUCCACAACUCCAACUUCACCGAUACAUCGCACAGUGCCCGUAAGGGCCCUCCAUCUGGCCUUCCCCCUCCGGUCACGGCCCCAUCAGCGUCGUCGUCGUCAAAGCGCUUCCUAUGGACUAUAUCAUUCUACUCGCAGUUCUUCGACGUCGACACAUCGGCCGUGCUGUCACGCUGCUGGGCGGCACUCUAUCCUCGAGCAAACUUUCUCGAUGUCCUUGAGGGCAACCCUGACUUGUACGGCCCUUUCUGGAUUGCAACGACUGUCGUGUUGAUUCUGUUCUUGGGUGGGACGAUCAGCGACUGGUUGUCCACGAGAGGGACCGCGCAGUUUGCCUAUGACUUCAGACUCUUGAGCGGCGCCGCCGGCCUGGUCUAUGGAUAUACCCUGUUCAUUCCCGUAGCGCUCUUCCUCGCCCUCCGAUACUUCGGCAGCGAGUCUGCCAACCUCCUCGAAUGCUGGGCCCUGUACGGCUACUCCAACCUCAUUUGGAUCCCAGUCGCAAUUAUCAGUUGGUCGCCCAUCGAAAUUCUCAAUUGGACCUUUGUCGCCGUUGGCUUUGGACUCUCUGUUGUCUUCCUCCUGCGCAACUUAUAUCCCGUGCUUAGCGCUACAGACCGCCAAGUCAGCAAGGUUCUUCUGAUUAUUGUUGUUAUCCUACAUGCCGGUUUGUCUCUCACUAUAAAGAUCCUCUUCUUUGCGCAUAACAGCCCCGUCGCAAAGAAGCCUGUUGGUGAUGAUGUGCCUGCGGAUGACAAGCCAGCCUUUCUACUCUAG